UGUUAAAUAGGCGGUAGAAAGGAUUGGUGUCAUUGCAUGCUAGUGUCCUAUGUGAGUUGUCCACCAACACUUAACUGGAAUACGCGGACGGGAACUCCGUAUUCGACUUGUGACUCAUCUUAGAGACAACACCUGCCACAGAAGUUGAACACAGAUUUCUAAUUCAAACUGGAUCUUCGUGUUCCCUCCGUUAGAAUGGAAGCAACGAUGUAUCCAUCGGACGGUAGCGGCCCCGAGUCUGCUGUAAAGAGACUGAAAAGAACAAUGACUCUUGACUUCAAUGGCUCCAGCAACAAGGCAAGAAAACUGACAACUAUAUUACAGUCGCCAGACUUGAACAUGCUUAAGUUGGCGUCUCCUGAAUUGGAGAAGAUGAUCAUUCAAGCGAAUGGUUUGGUGACAACAACGCCGACACCCACGCAGUUCCUGUUUCCAAAGUUCGUGACGGAGGAACAAGAGGCUUACGCACGAGGGUUCGUCGAUGCGCUUGCUCAGCUUCACCAGCCAGGCGUGACAGGACUGUCGUCGAAGGACGACGACCAACCCCAUCCUGUUCCACAGGCCAAAGUUGUGGUCACUUCCAGCAACUCCGUUGGGCAGACUUUCCCAUCCAACACAGUCGCAUACUCUCUUCCCGUGACAAGUCUCCACCAGCUAUCCGCCACCACCACGCUUCCGAAUGGUGUCGUCCUGUCGUCUGCUGGUGCCCUUCCCGUGUCGUCUGCUACCGGAACGGGACUGAUUUCGCACCUCGCCAAAUCUUCCUCAGUGCCAUCUCAUGUACAACAACCCUCCUCAGUCGUGGACAUUCGGGUACCAAAACUUGAGGAGGAGCCACAGACUGUGCCGUGUCUGAGUUCCUCCCCGCCCCUCUCCCCCAUCAACAUGGAAUCGCAGGAGCGUAUCAAGCUCGAGAGGAAGCGCGCACGGAAUCGGGUGGCAGCUCGCAAGUGUCGCACGCGAAAGUUGGAGCGCAUUGCCCGGUUAGAGGAACGGGUAAAAGAACUGAAAGGUCAGAACAGUGACCUGGUAACCACUGCCUCCAGUCUUCGCGAGCAAGUGGUCAAACUGAAGCAGCAGAUCAUCGAGCAUGUCAACAGCGGGUGCCAGAUCAUGGUGACGCAAAACCUGGCGUUGUAGCAUUGACCUGCCAGAGACACUGUGCGGGUGUGUUCUCUUGUUCACAGCCAGAUUUUGCGAACAGUUCAUGUGACUGCAUAGUAAGUUGCUUUAAUGCUUGUUCACACGCGUUUUAUCUGUUAUACUUUGGUGACUGUACAUGGUCUUUUAUGCAGCCUCUGGUCUUUCCAUUGAACGGUUGUCCUGUCCGGAGCAGAUUCAGAAGGAUUAUGGUACAGAACAUUCAGAAAGAGAGAAAUCUGUGAUGUCUUUGACGUGUUUCAACCAGGAUUGAAAGCCUGAUGGAGAACUAUUCCGACAGCCUGCCAAUUGACUCAGUCAUCUGUGCUGAACAGUGAUAUAAAAUGGAGAGAAAUAUAUGAAUUAUGAUAUUGUUUUAUUUUUACAUUUUUGCAUAAUGCAGAAUAAGGUAUUGUUCUGUUCCAGUUAAUUUCAUGUGUAAAUAAUCUGUUUGUGAUCAUAUGGCAUUCAUUCAUUGAAUUGGUUCAGCAUGCAGAAAAUGAAUACAAUACCUGUUUGAAUUUUAAAGUU